AUGGCCAGUCUACUCCAGUAUGCCCUCACCUGGGUGCUGGCCCUCACCAUCAUGGUGCUCCCUCUGGCCGCUGCUGACGGCGUCCCAAAACUCCGAAUAAUGCCCCUUGGCGACUCAAUCACGAAAGGAAACGGCUCCCCAGACAUGAACGGCUAUCGCUCCAAGCUUCGUGAACGGCUCGUAUCCAGCCAAAAGGAUUCCAAUUUCAGUGUCGACAUGGUCGGUAGUCUGCGCGAUGGUGGAAUGCAAGAUAACGACCACGAGGGCCACAGCGGGAAAUAUCUGGCGGAUAUUCGACAAUAUCUUGAACUAUCAAUCGACGCGAAGCCAAACAUCGUUCUGGUACAUGCAGGGACAAAUAAUAUGGAUAAAGAGGUUGAUCUUGAUAAAGCAGAUCAGUUGAUCGAGUCGAUCAUCGAUAGGCUUUUUGAAGGGUCGCGGGGGGUUACCGUUCUGAUUGCACCGGUCAUCUGGGCAAAUGAUCCUCGUAUGCAGAAGAAUACAGAUGCGUAUAAUACGAAGCUUCGUGCAAUAAUUAAACGAAGACAGCAGGAGGGCCAACAUCUUCUUGAGGUCCCCAUUAGCAUCACGGCGAGUGAUCUGUCCGACAAGAAACACCCAAACUCUGUCGGAUACGGCAAGAUGGCUGCGGCGUGGUACGACGGGAUCCUCGAAGCUCAAACCCGGGGAUGGAUCCAGACUCCUGCCGCUGUCAACGCGCAUGACCACCCAGGUAUGGGGCUGGGUGACGGUGCCGCAAGCCCCAUCAGUGGUGGUAACUGUGGAGAUAACUUCAAAGGGAAGGGAAAGGUGUUUGAUGGCUUCCGCACCUGGGAAGCUGUAGGAACGAUAAUCGGCGCAAUGGAGGGUGCCCGUCGAGAAAAUGUUAUCCUGGCUGACCUCAAUGGAGAUGGGCAUACCGACUACAUUCUUGCUGACGACGAUGGCACGGUCCGGGCCUGGGUCAGCACCGCAACGAGUGAAAGCCCGUGGAUGAGCCUUGGAAACAUCAACCCGGACUGGACGGACGUGUCUGGGGCGAUGGUGCGCAUGGCGGAUGUCGACAACGACGGCAAGGCGGAUUUGAUUGUUUUGUAUUCGGAUGGCGUGGCGAAGGUCUGGAAGAACGUCGAUAACGGGCGCAAGUUCAAGUCACUAGAUGCAAAAUGGGCCACUGGCUUGGAUCAGCCUCGUGAGAAAGUUCAUUUCCGCGAUAUGGACGGUGAUGGCUACGCCGAUUAUGUCAUUCUCUACGAAGGAGGGGCAGUGGACUGGGCGCGCAACACACAUAACAACGGUCAAGAUGAUCAGAAACGCAACUGGGAGAAGGCUGUGGCGAUUGCACCUGGCCCAGCCGGCGAACCCGAUAAUCGCGCUCAGAUCUUUGACUUGGAUGGGGAUAACAUGGCGGAUUAUCUUGUGAUAUAUGAGGGGGGCGCUGUGAAAGCCUGGCGAAACACCGGGAGCCUCAACGAGAAGGGCCAUAACUGGCAGAGUCUCGGCACUAUCGCUCCUGGGAUUGAAGGUGUCACAGGCAAUAUGAUCCGCUUCGCCGACAUGGACGGAGACGGCAAAGCCGAUUUCCUGGCCAUCGCCGACGAUGGAAGUAUACGCAUGUGGAAAAGCCUGGGCAUCGUUGGUGGCAAGGGUUCUAGUAUGCGCUUUGCAGAUCUGGACGGAGACGGCCACGCUGAUAUUGUCUCCAUUGACGCCCAGGGUCGUGCCAGGGGAUGGCUGAACAAAGGUGGCAACAAAUGGGACGACCUUGGCGAGAUUGCACCCGGCUUGGAUGAGGACCUGUCUAGUUCGACGAUCCAUUUUGCGGAUGUUGAUGGCGACAAACUGGAUGACUUCCUUGUUGUCUAUGGCGGUGGUGCUGUCAAGGCAUACCUCAACAACGGGAACAUCCCCGACAAAGGGAAGGAUCGGAUCUGGCAGCCUAGCAUUAUCAUAUCGGAAGGUGUUGGAGAUCCUGGUCGAAAGGUCGAGUUUGCUGACCUGAAUGGAGACGGAUACGCCGACUACCUGAUUGUUUUCGACGGCGGAGCAGUGGACUGUUGGCUCAACCAGAAGAACAUCCCACCGAAAGGUGGAGAGCGCAUCUGGGGAGGCCGAACUACUGUCGGGACCGGUGUCAAGGAACCAGGCAGCAAGGUGCAUUUCGCCGAUAUCACCGGCGAUCGCAAGGCCGAGUACAUCAUCCAGUAUGACGGUGGCUCAGCCAAGGGAUAUCGCAACACAGGGAACAUCCCAGAUGCAGGAAAGGACAGGAACUGGGUCGACCUUGGCACUGUCUCAGACCGUGCUAGCACCGAGGGCACCGUGGCGUACGCCGAUAUCAACGGCGAUGGAAAGGCCGACUAUCUCGUUGUUUUGCCCAGCGGAGAGGUCCACGCGUACAUCAACAGCUGUAGUUGGACACCUCCACCACCGGACAAAGGAGACGGCGAUGACGGCGAUGGUGGUGAUGAUGGUGAUAAUGGUAGUGGUGGUAAUGGACCGGACGAGAGCCACGACGGUGGCCAGAAUUGGCCAUCGGAUGACUACGAGAAGUGUUUCGUCACAGAUUGCGACAUCACCUGUGCACCUGGCUUGACAAUUCUUGAGACGUUCAAGACUCGAUGCGGGGAGAAAUCUAUCUGCUGUCCACCGCAGCGGACACCACAAAACUGUACGUGGACGUCGGGGAAGCCUGACGAAGCAAAGCCCGUCUGCAUAGGCUCAUGCGACCCCGGAACUGUUCUGUUAGCAACUAAUAGCGACCUCUGCGAUACGGGGAACGAUGCCUACUGCUGCGAAUCGAAACAGUACCAGAAGGUGCGUGAUGAAUGUCAUCUAGGUCGUGACGGCUGCGACAAUGGAUAUUAUCAAGUUGCAAAGGAGAACGACCAGAGCAGUUACUACGAAGUACGUCCCGUGUGCUGCAAGCAGCAGCUCAAGAAUUGUCAUUGGGUUAAGAAGAAUGAAUGCACGGAGAGUAACUGCGAGCCAUAUGAGUUCCUGCUAACCACUAACCCCAUGGGGCAGUGGGUGUAUCUGUGCCCAGCCCCGUACACCAUGAGCCUCUGCUGCGAUGCCCCCGAUGGCAUUGAGCCUUUCCUCCCCGUUGAUUUGGACAAUUUGUUCCCUGACCCCCCACCUGUCGAGGAUCGUGUGAAGUGGGAUCUCCAGAUCCUCGGAGGUUAUGAGGGGACUGACGGGGAGAUGGUGGAUAAGAACUCGAGCGACGACCCCAACACCCGGGCAUUUGGGUUCGUCCUUAUUGCAGGUCCAGACGAUAGUCUGUCUAGCUUCUCCAAGCGCGAUGGCUCGGAUAUUGAGCUCCUCGAUUGUGAAUCGUUCAAGUCUGGAACGGAGUUCCAGAGAACACGGCUGAUCUGUAUAAAUGACGGUGAAGACAACAACUGUGAUGACAUCCUAAAAGGAGGUUUGAACGGUACUGUGGUUCGAAUGCCGGAGGGCUGCGGUCCAGGUACUUAUAUCGUUGCGCAUUCGCUGGAGGAAUCCGACAACCAGACCCUCCCUGACCACCUGGUAAAACGUGCUCCCUCUACCAGGAAGGUGAUGGACCUGAACUUCUCUUACAACUUCGGGCUAGCAAAGCGUGCGGCAUCCGUAGAUGACAGGCUGCAGAUUCGCGUCGACUAUUCGAAUAUCCCAGGGUACUGGAACGAUAUUGUCGAUGAGGAGGGCGAGGAAUCCUCCGAUAAACGCAGACGAGGGAUAACCCCUAGGAUCAGUGCGCACGAUAUCUCUCACAAGGAGUUACACAAACGAUUCUUCUCAGACGAUAGUGCCCCCUGGGGCAGGAAGAUCAACAAGCUCGUCUCCGCGCCGUAUUACACAGAUCUCUCGUAUGACUUUGACAGCCCGAUGUUCUACGAGAAGAUCGACAACUGCAAAGGCGAGCAGGAGAAAUACCUAUCGAUGUGGGCAAAGGGCGAGUGCAAAGUGGGGACGAAAUUCGGAUUUACGUUUAUCGGAACCCUGGACGAGUUCCAUCUCUCCCAGGCGUACGGGUUCAUCGAUUUCAAAUUUGAUAUGGAAACCACGAUCGGAGUGAAAGGGAACGCAGCGCUCAACACGAAGUUCCGUAUGAAGUCCGCGGAGACGAAGACCAAGCAGGAGGUUGGGUUUUCCCACCCCGGGCUCUUCGACUUUAAACCCCAGUUUGAUGUCGAUAUUGGAGUGCAGGCUGAGAAGGCUACGUUUGCCGGUGAUUUUACUGCAACGAUCCGUACCCUGACUGAUGAUGACGAUAAUGACGGGUGGGUCAGCUGGGGCUACGCGCGGCAGUAUCAUUACGGAGAGGCCUGA